GUGUAGCGUGGCUGAAGGCAAUCAUCAUGAAGAGACUAAGAUAACUAUAACAUCUCUUAAGCGGGAGGCAUGAUGGUUGUGGGUCGAUUGAGCUCGGCCUUCUCGGAGACGCUGCACCUCACUAAACAUGUAGCCCAUGUCUCUCUCUUCAUCACAGUGGUGCUGCUAUUUGAAGUGGGAGCAGGGGGCUUGUGGGGAGACCCACCCACUUCACCAUCAUACCCACCUCUAGUCACCCUUCUCUUCCAACUCCUCAGACUAUUGCCUCUUUUGGCACUGCCACAGGCUGUUUUUAACCUCUUGGGUCUUAUAUGCUUUAAUGCCUUUCCUGAACGUGCCAAGCUAAAAGGGUCACCACUUCUGGCACCAUUUCUCUGCCUCAGAGUAGUAACACGAGGAGACUACCCUGAUCUUGUUAGACAAAAUGUCAACCGCAAUCUUACUACGUGCCUGAGGGUCGGCUUAGAGAAAUUCAUGAUCGAAGUUGUCACAGACAAGAAGAUCGAUCUACCUGAAAAUCAGAGAGUUAGACAGGUGGUGGUACCCUCCAGUUACCGUCCAAAGAGUGGGGCAUUAUUCAAAGCUCGGGCUCUUCAGUACUGUCUAGAAGAAGAUGUCAACAUUUUGCUUGACACAGACUGGAUUGUCCAUCUUGAUGAAGAAACCUUGGUGACUGAUUCUGCCAUUCGAGGAAUUCUCAAUUUUGUUAUUGAGGGCAGACAUCAGUUUGGCCAGGGGUUGAUUACAUAUGCCAAUGAAAAUAUCCAAAACUGGUUUACAACUCUGGCUGACAGCUUCCGAGUCUCUGAUGACAUGGGCAAACUGAGGUUUCAGUUCAAAGUGUUUCACAAACCACUCUUUGGUUGGAAGGGAUCCUAUGUUGUUACACAGACUGGGGCAGAGCGACGGGUUACUUUUGAUCAUGGCCCUGAUGGAAGUGUAGCAGAAGAUAACUAUUUUGGUAUGGUGGCCUUGCGGGAAGGCUAUUCAUUUGAUUUCAUUGAAGGAGAGAUGUGGGAAAAGUCCCCAUUUACUAUAUAUGACUUUUUACAACAACGCAAGAGAUGGCUCCAAGGUAUUCUCUUAGUGGUCCAUAGUCCACACAUACCGGUGAGCACAAAGUGGCUUCUGGCAGUCUCUCUCUAUUCUUGGGUUACUAUGCCCUUGGCUCUGGCAUCUGUCAUAUUAAGCACCAUCUUUCCUGUGCCUGUUCCUGGAGCUCUUAAUGUAAUUGCAGCAUUUGUUGGUGGUGUCAACUUUUAUAUGUACAUAUUUGGGGUGAUUAAGUCAUUCAGAGUUGACAGAGUUGGAUGGUUACGGAUGACCAUGUGUAUGGCAGGUGCCCUUGUCACAAUGCCCUUCAAUUUCUUGGUGGAAAAUAUUGCUGUGAUCCGUGGACUGGUAGGGAACAAGCAUAAAUUUUACAUUGUCAAUAAGUUGACAGGGAUUCCCGAUAAAGUUGUUAGUACGGUUUAAGUCCAGUGAUUAUUGCCUGCCUAGUCAUGUCUGUUUUCUCCCCUUUGUCUUACCUUGCUGCAGCUCACCACCAAAACUGCCUAUUAUACCCAGAAGAACAUUUUAAUUACUCAUGUCUUCUGAUUAAUUAUAAUAUCAAGUGAUCAUGUUUCUGUUGGUUACAACAGGUGCUCUUUUACAAGAAAAAUACAGUACUGUAUAAAGAUUAUACUAGGAUACAAGUCAUUCAUUUUAACGUGAAAGUACACAGCAGGUUUUGGUUAAAGCUUGGUGCAUAUGCUGCUUGUAGAUGUGCAUACCAAAUGCAUCCUACUGCAUCAGUGUUAACAAGUGCUCCAUGGAUUUUGUACUGUGGCCAUCAGCAAAUAACUAUGCAGUAAUCUCAACAUUCUUGCAUUAAAUUUAGGAAAAUCAUUUGCUCAUUUAUGGUCUUGCCUAGUUUUUUUUUUAGGAACUUUUACGCACAAUUCACCCAUUACUAAUGGUCUAGUGAGAAACAGUGAUAUAUAAAAUACAUAAGAACAUUUUGCAGGAUCUGAACUCAUGAUAAACUUCAAGAUAUGAUUUCUAGUGCUGUAUUUGAGGUGCUGCAAGUUAUUAUUUGAAAUAUGCUCAGGGAUGUAAUUUAUCUGAGAGUCCUGUGGCAGUUCUACAAAUUAGGGUAUGAGGUGGCAGAGCUAAACUGCAAUGGAAUUACAAUAGAGUCUGUAAUCAGGCACAAAUCAAAAUUUAGGUGCUGAAGCAGAAUCUUUGCUGACCUUAUGAUUCUCAUAUACAUAUAACUUCAGCAAAAACUGGUUAUUCAACUCAAUAAUAUAAACAGUGAAGAGGAGGAGUGCUUGUUAGCACAUUGUAGACCAUGUGCAAUGUAGGCAUGAUCAUGGUGGUGCAUAGAUGCUUUAGCUAUCCCCACCUUUGUGAUAAAAUUCACUGCCAAUGGAAAAUAAAAAAAAUAACAAGCUGGUUUUUAAGCCUCCAUUAUUUCCCAGUACCAGGGCAUCGUUCAGUCUUUCUGAGCUUGCCAUUUUUUUUUCUGUAGCAGUUAGUUGAAAGCCAGUGUCAUUAAUAUAAUUUAUUAUAUUCAUUGUUGUCUAUAUUUUUGUUAAGUGUUAUUUUUUUUGUAGAUUCAGAUGGUUUUUCAUUUGAUUGUAUUUAAUGUUAAUAGGGGAAACAUUUUGUACAGAAGAAAAUGAUGGAUGAGUGUCAUGAUGUUGUCAGUUGAUAAUGGCUCAUGAGUAGUUACUACAAAUAUAUUUAUAAUGUCCCUGCUGUGCUUUGUGGAGGUGAAUAUUGCAUAAAAAUUUAUUUUUAACAAAUUUAGGAAAUUCUUGCAGCAAUCAUUAUGGUGUACAACAGCCACUGUUUGCUGCUUGAAUUUGCCACUAAAGUGGAACUAAAAUAAAUAAUGUACACAUAGGUAUAUUCAGAAUAUUUCUGGAGUGACUAUUUUGUGUGUACGUGUGUGUGUGUGUGUGUGUAAUGUGUUUGCAAACACUGAUGGUUACAAAAGACAUAUCUGGAUAAACUUGGUGGUCAUUCAGUAUUGUUGAUUUUAUUACACAGUUGGAAUUUAUGCCAAGUGUUAUUCUGCUCAGCUCUUCACUUUUGGAAGGCCCAAAAUUAAAAGUGCUGCCAAUGUUGGCAUUUCUAAAAAAAAAAAAAAAAAAAAAAAAAUAUUUGUAGUGGCAAUGAAACAUGAAAUAAAAUUCCAGUCAGUACUUACCUAGAUAUAAAGGUGUGAAGUUGAAAGUUGAAGGCCCACCAACAUCAGCAUUGGCAAUUGCCUUGCACUGUGCAUUAUAUAUAUAUAUCUUUCUUUCAACACACUGGCCAUAUCCCACCGAGGCAGGGUGGCCCAAAAGGAAAAACGAAAGUUUCUCCUUUUACAUUUAGUAAUAUAUACAGGAGAAGGGGAUACUAGCCCCUUGCUCCUGGCAUUUUAGUCGCCUCUUACAACACGCAUGGCUUACGGAGGAGGAAUUCUGUUCCACUUCCCCAUGGAGAUAAGGAAAUAAACAAGAACAAGAACUAGAAAGAAAAUAGCAGAAAACCCAGAGGGGUGUGUAUAUUUAUACUUGUACAUGUAUGUGUAGUGUGACCUAAGUGUAAGUAGAAGUAGCAAGACGUACCUGAAAUCUUGCAUGUUUAUGAGACAGAAAAAAGGACACCAGCAAUCCUAUCAUCAUGUAAAACAAUUAUAGGCUUUCGUUUUACACUCACUUGGCAGGACGGUAGUACCUCCCUGGGUGGUUGCUGUCUACCAUCCUACUACCUAGAAUAUAAAGCCCCUCGCCCACAAAACCUCCUUUACCCCCUCCCUCCAACCUUUUCGAGGACGACCCCAACCCCGCCUUCCUUCCCCUACAGAUUUAUACGCUCUCCAUGUCAUUCUGCUUUGAUCCAUUCUCUCUAAAUGACCAAACCCCCUCAACAACCCCUCUUCAGCCAUCUGACUAAUACUUUUAUUAACUCCACACCUUCUCCUAAUUUCCACACAAUAUUUACACCACACAUUGCCCUUAGACAGGACAUCUCCGCUGCCUCCAACCGCCUCCUUGCUGCAGCAUUUACAACCCAAGCUUCACACCCAUAUAAGAGUUGGUACUACUAUACUUUUAUACAUUCCCUUCUUUGCCUCCAUAGAUAACUUUUUUAUCUCCACAUAUUCCUCAAUGCACCACUCGCCUUUUUUCCCUCAUCAAUUCUAUGAUUAACCUCAUCCUUCAUAAAUCCAUCCGCCGACACGUCAACUCCCAAAUAUCUGAAAACAUUCACUUCUUCCAUACUCCUCCUCCCCAAUUUGAUAUCCAAUUUUUCUUUAUCUAAAUCAUUUGAUACCCUCAUCACCUUACUUUUUUCUAUGUUCACUUUCAACUUUCUUCCUUUACAUACACUCCCAGACUCGUCCACUAACCUUUGCAAUUUUUCUUUAGAAUCUCCCAUAAGCACAGUAUCAUCAGCAAAAAAGCAACUGUGACACUUUCCCAUUUUGUAUUUGAUUCCCCAUAAUUUAAUCCCACCCCUCUCCCAAACACCCUAGCAUUUACUUCUUUUACAACCCCAUCUAUAAACAUAUUAAACAACCAUAGUGACAUUACACAUCCCUGUCUAACACCUACUUUUACCGGGAAGUAGUCUCUCUCUCUUCUACACACCCUAAACUGAGCCUCACUAUCCUCAUAAAAACUCUUUACAGCAUUUAGUAACUUACCACCUAUUCCAUAUACUUGCAACAUCUGCCACAUUGCUCCCCUAUCCACUCUAUCAUAUCUUCUUUCUAAAUCCAUAAAUGCAAUAAAAACUUCCCUACGUUUAUCUAAAUACUGUUCACAUAUAUGCCUCAAUGUAAACACUUGAUCUACACAUCCCCUACCCACUCUAAAACCUCCUUGCUCAUCUGCAAUCCUACAUUCUGUCUUACCUCUAAUUCUUUCAAUAAUAACCCUACCAUACACUUUUCCUGGUAUACUCAGUAAACUUAUUCCUCUAUAAUUUUUAGUCUUUUUUGUCCCCCUUCCCUUUAUAUAAAGGGACUAUACAUGCUCUCUGCCAAUCCCUAGGUACCUUUCCUUUCAUACAUUUAUUAAACAAAAAUACUAACCACUCCAACACUAUAUCCUCCCCUGCUUUUAACAUUUCUGUCAUGAUCCCGUCAGUUCCAGCUGCUUUACCCCCUUUCAUUCUACAUAAUGCCUCAUGCACCUCCCCCACACUCACAUCCUGUUCUUAUUCACUCCUAAAAGAUGGUAUACCUCCCUGGCCAGUGCAUGAAAUUACCGCUUCCCUUUCAUCGUCAACAUUUAAAAGUUCCUCAAAAUAUUCUCGCCAUCUACCCAAAACCUCCAUCUCCCCAUCUACUAACUCCCUAAUACCAACACUAAUAUUGUCAUCAGUACAUUGUUUACAAAAACGUGUGAACACAACAGUAUAAACAUGCACAGAUCUAAAUGUUUCACAUUAUUACUGUUCUAACAUUAUAUACAGGUACUAGUCAUGUUCCUAGGACUGUUGCAGUCUGUGGAAGUCCUUGAAACACAACUCCAUACACAGUGGUGUUUUACACCACACAAAACAUGCAUUUCUGUGUUUUGCUGGGUGCCUUGUGUAUGCAUACAUCUCUUCUGAGCCCAUUUUGUUUCAUAAGUAGCAGAAAGUGUUAGGAAGUGAACAUCAAACUUAAAAUGAGAGGGUAUGUGGUGAUCAGUAUUGCAGUGCAUGUCUGCUGCAGGUGUUGUGACCUGGUAUUUGUGUAAUAUUUGUUUGAUAACAGAUAAACAAAAGUGGGCAAAUGGUGGUCUGUUGCUGGUCUGACCUGGUACAUAUUAUCUGCAUUGAGUACUUUAAUGGCCAAAAGAUGGAAGAAGAGUUUCAAAUAUCACUUGUAACUCCUGCAGACACAAUCAGCAAACCGAAUCUGCAUGUCACAUUUGUCCACCAAAUGCAUAUUGGUGGUGUAAUGCAUAAUAGCACCAAGUUUCAGAAUGGGUUCAUUAUUCUCUAUUCACCUUUGUGUUUUUCAUUUCAUGGUGAAUUAUUGUCAUCGAUAUUAUAUCACGUUUGUCAUGCCAUGAUGUCAUUGGCAUGAAAUGCCAGCACCUCACCAGUACCAAUGCCUUCGUUGAGCCUGGGCACAUGUUUACGUGUUCCACCCAUUGUACCACAUGUCUGUCAUGUUAAUAGGUUCACAAGCUUGUGUACCUGCUAUCCAUGUACAGUAAAAUGUAUGCCCCUUACUAAGAUAUUGUUCCAUCACUUUUCUUCACCUGAGAUACCCAACAACUUCCUGGUAUCUUUUAAUGUUUUUCAUUCUCUAUAAACAAUCACGCAACACGAACAGGUUGAUACUAAGCAUUUCCUUUUGCUUGGUAUAUACUGCUUGAAUGACAGUGUACCUUUGAAAAGUAUCAGACUCAUCAGUGACAAGGUUCUUGAAAGGAUAAAAAUACAUACUGAACUUCUGUUUCAGAUACAUAAAAACAUCCUGUUGGGCCUCAUUUUGUUUGAAAAGUGUAACAUAUGUAGCAGCAGGAUAAAUCUGUUGACGAGAAUGAGAUCACUACAGGUCAGGGUACAAAUUAGGCGAUCAUUUGACUAGUAUGAUUGAAUAUUGUGCUUAUGUAUAUGUACCAUAAGCAUUAUUGUGGCAAAGAAGAGAUACAUCUCAGCCACAGCUCUGUCCUUCCACUGGAAUAGCGAUGAUUGUGACGAAACCAGUAUGUUUGUCAUUGUUUAGUGGAAGUAUCUGAUGGUUUCUCUCAAUAUAAUUUGCAUCAGUGGGUCAUCAAAAUACAGAUCAAAGAAUUCAGGUUCACUGGCAUCAUUUCCCAGGGUACAGUUAGACUGAUUUUCAUUGUGUGUCAUCAAAUUGAUUGGGAUUGGACACAAAUUUGUAUUCUCCUGGCAGUCACAGAUAGUCUGGUGAUGGUUUUGUGUAGGUAGUAGAGGUGGUCAUGGGUCAUUGUAGUGUUGGCUGUGGGUCGUGCCUCCCAACCUGGGCUGGCACUGCUGCCACAUGCGGCACCAGCAUUGCCUACUACCCAUCCCAGUCAGUGCACCAUUUUCCUCACUAUCUGUUACCAGUGUUGGGUCCUGGGAUGUAUUCUGUCCCCUGGGGAUAACAUUGGACACAUUACAAGAAUGUGCGCAGUGCCAUAUAUGUUGAUGCUUCACAGGUGAAUGAUUAUCUGUACUAUUACUACUGGAUUGGUCAUUGAUUUCUAGGAAAUCAAAGUCCACAUUACUAUCAUCACCAUUACUUGUGUCUGUGCCCGGGCUACAGGAGAAUAUGCUGUAUAGCCCUUGUGGCUUAGCGCCUCUUUUUUAUUAUAACAAUAAUACAGGAGAAUAUGAGCUUUUGCUUACAAUGUGGUGGAGGUGGAUGUGUUCUUGAUGACCCAACCCUAAAUGUGGAUGGUUUUCAGCCAUAUUUAUGAUAUCCUGAGCAUCACUUUUGGUCAUUAAACGUUCGAAACCAAAGAACUCAUCCCACUUCCAUAAUCCUCAUUGUUGGAGCUGUCACUGAGGAAUAAAACCAGUUAAAUUCUCCGGGGAGUGAGGACUUUGCAUCCAUGUGGCAUGGUAAACGGUGUACUAAAUAUGGCAUUCCCACAAAGUACAUUGGUGACCCUGAUUUUUUUUAUGUACUGUACAUGAUGACCAUGCACACCCGUUCUCUCAUAUGUAGGCCUACCAGGCCUCUGCAAAAUUUUAAGCCCCUACAAUUUAUGCAUAUAUCAAUGUAAGUGACCAGGCAUCAGUAACAUAGAUCUACCUAAGAGACAGUGAAAGUGUUAAAAGCCCAGCCCUAUUAUAUUGCCACACCUUUUCCAAGGAUGCAACCCACAACAGUCAACUAACACCUAUAUGUAAAUGUCUACCUAUAGUUACUGCUAGGUGAACAGGGAGACCACAUGUAAGAUUUGCCUCUGUUUUGCCCUGCUUGAGAAUUGAUAUGGUCCUUUCAGUCAAGCCAAGUGCUAUACCAUUAAACUGCAAGUGUGUGGUGUGUGCUGCAUUACACAGUGAAGCACUGGAUUAUCACUAAUUUGACUAAAAGUUAAAAUAGUUAAUAAAAACUUCUUUGAAAAUGUUAUUUUUGGUGUAAAACACAAAAAAUGUGUGAAAUGCCAAGUCCUCUUUCUCAAAAGUGCUACAGUAACAGAACCACUGUAUAAAGACUACAUACUACUGGAAAAAAAGGGAUACACUGGAUUUUGAUGGGCUGAAUCACAAGACAAAAUUUGUAUUCAGUUACUUGGGUUCUUAUAAAACUGUAUAGUGUUUUGCCAGUUGUAUCCAGUCUGGAAACUUUUUUUUUUAUUACAUUGUAUAAGAAUGAGAUAAAAUGUAUGGGUGGAUGUGUGAGUGUAUGGGAAUGUGAAGGAGUGGAAUAACAGAAAAUUGUCACUUAUCUGUACUCGCAAUCUGUGUCUGUGGGGGUUGCACUUUCAAUUCCUAGGCCUUGUCUUUCGACCUUUGAUAGACUGAUGUACAGUAUUUGAUAUCCAGUUCAGUUUUACACUUGAAUCCAUGUAUGCAGUCUGCCUCUUAGUUUGUUCCACUGUCUCACUAAUCUUACAAUGAAGAAAACUUUGUAUAUCCCUUUGAGCAUUUAACUUUCAUUUGUGUUCAUCAUUUUGGUACCUCCUACCCUAGCAGCCCAACCUGAGGCCAGGCUUUCUUGUGGACUGCUGUUAACUAUCAUUCUCAAAUAACUGCUAGAACCCAGAUGACCCAGUACUUGCAAGAGAUAGGAAUGUAGUUUUCCCAUGGAAAUCUCUACCUUUGGCCUGACCAUGGUUCCUAUAUUUUUUUUCCUUUCUCAUUUCUAUCUACAGUAUAUUACCUGGUUUUGGUCCUUUCUGCUUGUCAGUUUCCUACUGCUGUGUUCCCUAUAUGAUCUAUGUUUGUCUAUCUAUUUCUGUUUCCUCUGUGUUAAGCAAUGUCUCAUUAUCUGUUUUGUUAAUACCACUAAUUAUUUUUUAUAUUAUGCUUACAUCUAGUUUUCCUCUGUAAGCCAUGUGUGUCGUAAAAGGUGAGUAGCAUACUAGGAGCAAGGGGCUAGUAACCCCUUCUCUAUACAUUACUAAAGUUAAAAAAGGAAACUUUUGUUUUUCUUUUUGGUCCACCCUGCCUCGGUGGGAUAUGGCCAGUUUGUGAGAUUUAGCACUUUUUAGUAUUUUCUUGUAAUUCAAGCUUUGGCUAUGCUCGUUUCUGGUUGUAAAUUUGUGAAUUUUUUUCAAGAUUACAGUGGUACCCCGAGUUUUGAACUUUCUUCGUUCCAGAAGGCUGUUCGAGUGCAAUUACUGAACGAAUUUUUCCCAUAAAGAAUAAUGUAAAUUAGAUUAGUCCGUUUAAGAUCCCCAAAAAUACAAAAGCACUUACAAUAAUACACUUACAUAAUUGGUCGAAUUGGGAGCAGUUCGAAACUCUGGGUACCACUGUAUUUGUAUAAUUGAGUAAGCUGGACUCAUCCUCAAACAGUGUAUUCAAGAACUGAUUUUUUCCUGUUCCACAUAAUUUGUUGGCCAGGAUCCUGAAGGCAAUGCAUAUCCUGCUGAAGAUAUCCGAUUUGUACAUGUAACAGACGAUAGGUUGUGUAAUGUCUUCCCCUCGGGUUAUUUUCUUUAUCAGGCAUAUCCUACUUAGUUUAUGCCUGUGUCUGACAGCCUCUUCCCAGUACCCAUCCUCAUUAUUUAAUACUUGUUGGUAUUGAACUCCAAGUAUUUUUGCAGUUAUCAAAAACUUCAUUUGGUUUCCUGAAGUUAUCUUCCAUUUGUCUCUUUCCCAUUAGUGUCAUGUCAUCAGCAGAUGUUGACAUGAAGAAAUCUACUCUUUUUUGACAGGUCAUGACUCACGAAAUCGUAAUGACACGAUUGCACCAAUGCACGAUUGUUUGCAAUAGUGUCAUUACGAUUUCGUGAGUCAUGUUGACGGCAGUGAAGGGACUUGAGCUAGAGUUCGUCACGGCCAUGCUAGCUGGAGAUUCGUCUGUAAAAACUUGCAUUUGUGGUCACAGUGGUGCCUGUGCUAACCUUCCUAGGAUGUAGAAAUAUACCUAGUUGGACGAAUCUUAUUGUGGCUAGCUGGUCUAGUGGCUAACGCGACGGGCUGGAGUUUUGAGACUCUCUGACCGCGGGUUCAAUCCCGGCCGGAGUAUGGUUUGACAAGUCAUUUACAUACUGUACAUCAGAAAUAUUUUGAAGAAUUGUUAAAUGUUGAUGAUAGGGAAGCUGUGAUUUCGUGUAUAGGGAAAGGAGGAAUAACAUCUUGCAGGAGUGAGGAAGAGCCAAUUGUGAGUGUGGGGAAAGUUCAUGAGGCAUUGGGUAGAAUGAAAAGGGGUAAGGCAGUAAGGAUUGAUAGGAUAAAGAUAGCAAUGUUAAAAGCAGGUGGAGAUAUAUUUUUGGAGUGGUUGGUGCUUUUAUUUAAUAAAUGUAUGGAAGAGGGUAAGGUACCUAGGGAUUGGCAGAGAGCAUGCAUAGUUCCUUUGUAUAAAGGCAAUGGGGACAAAAGAGAGUGCAAAAAUUAUAGGGGAAGAAGUCUGUCGAGUAUACCUGGUAGUGUAUAGCAAGAGUUAUUAUUGAAGGAUUAAAGAGUAAGAUGGAGAGUAGGAUAGCAGAUGAACAAGGAGGCUUUAGGAAAGGUAGGGGUGUGUAGACCAAGUGUUUACAGUGAAACAUAUAAGUGAACAGUAUUUAGAUAAGGGUAAAGAAGUUUUUGUGGUAUUUAUGGAUUUGAAAAAGGCAUAUGUCAGGGUGGAUAGGGGAGCAAUGUGGGAAAUGUUGCAAAUGUUUGGAAUAGGAGGUAGGUUACUGAAAUCAAUGAAGAGUUUUUAUGAGGGUAGUGAGGCUCAGGUUAGAGUAUGUAGGAGAGAGGGAGAUUAUUUCCCAGUAAAAGUAGGCCUUAGACAAGGAUGUGUGAUGUCACCAUGGUUAUUCAAUAUAUUUAUAGAUGGGGUUGUAAGAGAAGUGAAUGCGAGGGUGUUGGGAAGAAUUGUGAGGUUAAAAGAUAAAGAAUCUAACACAAAGUGGGAGUUGUCACAGUUGCUCUUUGCUGAUGACACUGCUUUUGGGAGAUUCUGAAGAGAAGUUGAAGAGGUUGGUGGACGAGUUUGGUACGGUAUGUAAAAGUAGAAAAUUAAAAGUGAAUAUAGGAUGAGGAUAAAAAAAUUAGGUGAUGAAAGAUCGGAUAUCAGAUUGGAGGGAGAGAGUAUGGAGGAGGUGAAUGUAUUUAGAUAUUUAGGAGUGGACAUGUCAGCAAAUGGGUCUAUGAAAGAUGAGGUGAAUCAUAGAAUUGAUUAGGGGAAAAAGGUGAGUGGUGCACUUAGGAGUCUGUGGAGACAAAGAACUUUGUCCAUGGAAGCAAAGAGGUUAAUGUAUGAGAGUAUAGUUAUACCAAUGCUCUUAUAUGGAUGUGAAAUAUGGGUGGUGAAUGUUGCAACAAGGAGAAGGCUGGAAGCAGUGGAGAUGUCGUGUCUGAGAGCAAUGUGUGAUGUAAAUAUAAUGUAGAGAAUUCGUAGUCUGGAAAUUAGGAGGAGGUGCGAGAUUACCAAAACUAUUAUCCAGAGGGCUGAGGAGGGGUUGUUGAGGUGGUUCAGACAUGCAGAGAGGAUGGAAGGAAAUAGAACGACUUUGAGUGUAUAAAUCUGUAGCGGAGAGAAGGCAGGGUAGAGGUCGGCCUAGGGAAGGUUGGAAGUAGGGGGUAAAGGAGGUUUUGUGUGCGAGGGGCUUGGACUUCAGCAAGCAUGUGCAAGUGUGUUAGGAGCGAAUGCAGACGAAUAGUUUUUAGGACUUGAUGUGCUGUUGGAGUGUGAGCACGGUAACAUUUAUGAAGGGAUUCAGGGAAACUGGCAGGCAGGACUUGAGUCCUGGAGAUGGGAAGUACAGUGUCUGCACUCUGAAGGAAGGGUGUUAAUGUUAGUUUUGUAACUGUAGUGUAAACAUGCCUCUGGCAAGACAGUGAUGGAGUAAAUGAUGAUGGUUUUUCUUUGUCGGGCCACCCUGCCUUGGUGGGAGACGGCCGAUGUGUUAAUAAUAAAAAAAUAAACAUCAGAAAUAGAAUGGGUCUGAGGACUGACCCUUCUAAAAAUUUGCUUGGUCUCAGACCGGGCCACAGGGCCGUUGACCCCCAAAACCCUCUCCAUCCUGACAUUUCCUCCGUCAUUACUGCUUUUUUCAGGUAUAUUUACCUCUUGUAACUUUCCCAGUUUUCUGUGAAAAUAUGCAAUCAACCCAUUUUUCUUUCUUGCCCACUGUCACCCAAAUUGUAAAUUUUGAUUGUUUAUAAUACAGGAUGUGCCAUCUCAGAACUUUUGUUGCAGAUGUUAUAAUCUGGCUUACCGUCUUAAUCACCUUACAUGGUGUGCAUGUUUAUUGCUACCUGUCACUCAUUUUGAAUAUCAAUAUAAUGUUGGCAAGUUAUUGUCUGGUCACUCCUAUCUCUUGUGUGUAUAUGUGAAAGUUGCAUUCUUAGGGCUUCAGCAUCUUCAUUCACUAUGCUAGGGAAAGAUUCUACCUGGUUCCAUGGGCUUUAAUGUGUGGGGUUCUCUCAGAUACCUCAUUACUACUGUACAUUAUUUUAAUGUUUUACAGCAGUACUCGUGAUUGGAUUGCAUCCUCCCUGGUUCUGGUAGUGACUUCUGAUCACUUGUAAAAGUCAUUUUGAAUCUUCUUUGAAGUUCUGCAUAUACUACUAUUGUUAUUUUUGAACAGUUCUGAUGUGACUAUGAAGUGGUUUUGAAUUAGUUUGCUUUGGCUGGUCUUUGUACUGUACUGUACUGAUCUUCUAUGCUUUCCUGCUUUUGAGUUGUCUCCUAGAAUUGUUGGUAGAACUAUGGACUGUCCUUGUAUUUCAUACUUCUCUUUAAGCAGGAAUGUAUCUCUCUCCCAGUACCUUUGGGUUAAGCAGUCCAUUAUGCGCUUUGUGGACUGUCUCCUGAGUGUGUACUACUGUGCUGUGCCUAGACAAGUCGAGCUGUAGCUCCACUUUAAAUUGAAUAUUGCAGUCAAUUCUUUUCUCUUGCUUCACUGUAUCUUUGAAAUUUAUAUAUAAAUUUGCUUUUAGUACCUUUUAGUUUAUUUCACUUGUUCACAAUCUUAUGCUAAAUUAUUAUUAUAAUCAAGGGGGAAGCGCUAAACCCGGAGGAUUAUACAGCACCUGGGGGGGGGGAUGUGGAAGGCAUUCAGGCUUAAUUCGGGAAACUGGAGCACAGAUCCAAUUCCCUAAAUCAAGAGCCCCUCACCAACAUCAAGGAACCUUCCUUGAGGGGUCUUAUGCUAAAAACAUUCCUCUUGUGUUCUUUUUGCCUCAUCAUUGCAGCUUUCAUCUAUGCCCCUUUUUUUUCUUUUCGGUGUCUAACAGUGUCCUGGUCUAUCCUGCUAUUUCCUUUCCAUAUCUUUAUCAUUACCUUGUCACCUCCUACCCUACGCUCUUGUGUAUCAUGAGGUGCUGCUUUGGUGUUUCUUCCUAGGUGAUGCCCCUAUUUUAUGGGAUUAACUUUAAAAAGUUUAGCAGUUAACAUCUAAAAUUUGAGCUUCACAAUGUGCAGACUCAAUGUUGGUGCUGCACACAUGAGGAUUAUCUUGAUAUGUGAGAUUUACAGUGUUUUGAAUGAAUCCCUGUUCAGCUUUCUUAUUGCAUUUCUUAUAUUGGCCAGGCAAUCAUACACUGCUAAUGUAUCCACUUUGUAUUUGUCUUGGGGAAGAGGCUAGUUGAUGUUCACCUCCAGAUCCUUAACUCUCAUGCAGACUUGGUUACUUCCUUACAAAGUAAUACUCCAUCACCACUUGCCUUUUUCCAUUAUUAUUACAUUUGUAACGGUAAGGUGGAGUGCAAAACCCGAGGGAACAGAAGGCAGUCAUUUCAAGGGAGAUUCCUCAGUGCUGGCAAGGGGCUGCAUGACCCUUGGGGGUUUAGCACUUCCUCUAUAAUGGGAUGGAAAGGUAAUACUGGUUCAAUUUCUUGGAUCAAGAGCCUCUCUUUCAUUAAGGCACCUCUGAGAAAUUGCCAUUUCUGAACUAUAAUCAUUACUUUAAACAGAGGGGGUUAAACUUGAAUUAUGUUGGACUAUUUGUGCAGUGCUUUCCACUCCUUUCUGUUCAUAUCCAUCUCCUAAUCUUUACACUAAUGAUCCUUAGGACUACUUUUGCCUAGUCUAAAAUUUCAUCUCCCCAUACAACCACAGAAGGAUGAAAUAGAGCCUGAGUUCUUAGAUUCAUAAACAGAAUCCUUGUCAAACUCUCAAGGGGCAAGUAGUACUGUAAUUGGUAGGAAUAUAAUUAUUAAUAAAGUGCUAAACUCAAAAGGGUUGAUAUGUAUGAAUAGAUUAUUAUUCAAACAAUGCCACCUGAAAGAGAAUUUACACCAGUACCAGUUUCCACAGGGGGCCAUGGGGGGGAGAUACUGGUUGUCUCCUUGAUAUAUUGUCUUAAUUGGUAUUAAUUCACUUAAUUGUUGUACUAGUCCAGAUUAAAAAGAGCAUGUAGUUUUUUCUUGGAAACUUGUACUGUAUAUUUAUUGGUAACUUUUAAAUAAUUUCCUGAUAAUUUUUUUAUGCUUGUACAGUGAAAAAAAAACUUACUGCAAGCAUCAUUAUUAAUAAUAAUAAUCAAAAGAAGUACUGAACCUACAAGGGUUAUAUAGUGCAGUUUAUUUGUGCAAACUAUUUCUCAAUUUUAGAUGGCUGUAUUCAAAAGAGCAUGUUCCAUCUAUUACCUUUCUUGCUACUCUAGUUUCUGCCAAGGAUUAAAUUUAGGAAUAUGAAGACUUCUAGAGCUAUUUAAUACCCUCUGUGGUUAGUGUGUGACACUUAUUGUGUAUGUGUACACAAGUGCUGUUAUUUUUCAACGAGUAUAGGAAAAUCAUUUUAUAAUUUAUUUGCUGUACAGAUGCAAUUGGUAGUUUUGUUCAUUUGGUUGUGAUGUAAUUUGUACAAUAUUUUAUUGUACACUAUUGGUUUACUUCCAAGAAUUAUUGGAAGAUAUGGUCUUAACCAAAGAUGUUCUGCUAUUUAGUUUUGUUUUAUUAAGGGUUUGGAAGGGAGGGUUAUUGGGUAAGUGAAACAUUCACACUGGUUAAUUUGUUAUCUUUGUAAACAACUGUACCUCAAAAUGUUGGGAGCCAGUGAAAUGUUGAAGUUCCUUGCCUUCUGAAUAUGUAUAAAGGUUAUUAGUAGUAGUAUUGGUAUUACUCCUUGUAAUAGCCAGUAAAGUUUUAAUACUUUUCCAAUCUUUAAUCAUUGCACUAGUAGAAGGCAGCUGCAUGACACAAUAGUUUAUUUAUUGGCCUAGAAGUGUCAAAAUUAUACACUGUUUUGCAAAGCAAUUCUUUUUAGUUAAAAUUAUUUUUAUGACACAAGAGGAAGCAGAGAAUGCAUUAAAAAAAAGCUUUUACCUACAGGUGUACAUUAGUGUCCAGGAAAUGGAGUUUGAUUUAUUCACCUUUUCAUGUUUAAUUAUAUUGAAUAUGUUUGAUUAUAAUAAUAAUAAUAAUAUAUUGAAUAUGUCAAGUAAAACUGGUUUUGUGUUAUUGUAGAAGUUCUUGUACAUUUGCUGUGAAAUAUAAGAUAUGAAGAUUACAAACAUUAAAUAAAUGCUUAUUUUUUCUAAUAA